UUUACAUUAUUGACAUAUAUCUGUUUUAUAUUUAAAAACAGUUGUUACCAAUGGACACAAGACUCCACGAAGCUGUACGUUACGGCUGUGCUGAUGACGUUAGGAAAGCUCUUGCUCAGAGAUACGACCCAAAUUUGAUUGGACUUUAUUUAUGGAAUCCUGUGCACGAAGCCUCCCAUAACGGGGAGGCGGAAAUCUUGACUUUACUUUUAAGAAAUAAGGGAGACCCGAAUCAGGUGGACAAGCUGAAAGGCAACACGGCCGUGCACUACGCGUGUCAGGAGGGCCACCCCGAGUGUCUUCGACUGCUGCUGGACGCAGGUGGACGGCCGGACAUCGACAACAACGACCGUCUCAACGCUGUCGAUCUUGCCACGCCCGAGUGUGUCAACAUCAUUCACCAGCAUGUGAUGGAGAGAUCAAAGCAGACGGAGAGGAAGUCGUCUGCUGCUGGUGUUGUAGCAGAUGUGAAUGAUGAUCUCAAUAACAACAAGGAGAACAAACAACACAGAAAGAUGUCGGAGUCGUCCAAUCACGUGUGUGUCAAGUCCACCGAAUUUCCAGCCAUGGGCCACCUGCACCUGUCGUUUGAGUACCACGUGCACAAAGGUUCUUUGAAGAUCCGGGUGUGGCAAGUCGGCGACCUUCUUCUACCUCCUCCUCAGACCUCUAUGAUACAUACAAUAUUUGUCCGAAGUUACUUCAUUCCUGACAUACCAAAGAAGACCAACCGGAAAACCGAAGAGGUACGAGUCUCACCCAACGAGGCUCACUUCAUAAACCUGAAACCAGACGAACCGGGCAUUCAGCACAUCUUCACCCCUUCCAACUUCCUCUUCACCGUGCCGUUACAGUACACGGGAGUCACCAAAGAAAUCAUCAACGAGAGAAGUGUGCAGAUUGAAGUGUGCAUGACUCAGAAAUACUCCAGACGGAUUUUCCUCAUUGGUAUGCUGAAGAUACCGCUGAAAAAGGGAGUGAAAAUGUUGAUACGAGAGAAAUAUCCGUUGAUUCCGUGUAUGAAUUACACUAUCCCAAAUAACAUGAAGGUCUACAGCUCCUGUGAUAUAGCGUUAGAGAGGUCCAAUGGUGUCUUUUACAGCUCUCCCGUUUUGAGCGAUAACAACGAAUUGACUCUGCCGGAAACUACUCGAUCAGCAAGUGAUAUUCAACUUCAGGGUGUACAGGUACAAGACAAUGGAUAUGAUCCCUCGGUGUUGAUAAACAUGCCUGAGGAUCGGAACGGAAAUGAUUGUCAGGAUAAUGGUAUUGAACUUCAAGGGGUCAAGGUCAGGAAGAAGAUCAAGCCAGACUUCAGCACUAUCGAUAUUCCCAUCUGUGAUUCUGUACAGCUGUUGCCGGGGCAACUGGAAGAAGUUAAAGUCGACGAUUCUGAUUCUGGCGAUAAAAAGCAGUGCGUUGUGAACUUGACAGAUUCGACAGACAGAAACAAGUUUUCAGAUUCUCACGUGAGACGGAAAAUAUCACCUAAGAUUCGGACUUCCAGCAGUGACGCCGAAGUUAUAGAGUUAACGGAAAAGGUUCCGAAUUCGCCUCAUUGUUCGCACAGAUUGGAUCAUUCCAUGGAACUGCCGAGGGGAAAUGGGAGUCUUUCUGAUGCCAUGCAUUCAUCCCCCAUCGCCUCCCGUCCAGAAACUCCAGUUUGGGAUUAUUAUGACUUCGACGCAGAAGAAGAAGUGAAACUGGAGAAACCAGCAGACGGGCCAAUGCCGCCAUGUUUACCCAUGACGGUUGGAUUAAUACUACCGUCUAAAGAACAAACUGUUAGUAGUAAAAAAGAAAAGCGGAUCACAGAUUACAUUCCUGAAAUUCAUAUAGGAGAUUUUGAUGUAGAGAAUCAAAAUGUGGAAUAAUUACAUGUGUAUGUAUGACAACUGGAAUUACUAUUUUCUAAAGAACUAACUGUUGGUAAGCAAGAGCAGCAGAUGACAGAUUUCAUUCCUGAAAUUCACAUAGGAGAUUUUGAUGUUGAAAAUCAGGAUAUGGAAUGAUCUCUCUGGCUAUUUGUUUUGUUACAGUGCAUGUGUACAAUUGGAUUAGUACUAUCUUCUAAAAAAAACUAUCUAUUAGUAAGCAGAAGUGGAAGAUAUUCCUGAAAUUCAUAUAGCAGAUUUUGAUGUUGAGAAUCAGAAUAUGGAAUAAUCUCUCUGGCUCCUUGUUUUGCUAAAGUUUACAUGAAGAUUAGUACUAUCUUCUAAAGAACAACCUGUUAUUAAGCAGGAGCAGCAGAUAACAGAUUAUAUUCCUGAAAUGCAUUCAAUUUGGGAAAUUUUUAUGUUGAAAAUGAAAAUGUGGAAUAGUAUGUCUGGCUAUUUUGUUAACAGUACAUGUUUACAAUUGGAUUAGUACUAUCUUCUAAAGAACAACCUAUUAUAAAGCAGGAACAGCAAAUAACAGAUUAUAUUCCUGAAAUUCAUAUAGCAGAUUUGGAUGUUAAGAAUCAGAAGGUGGAAUAAUUUCUUCAUUUUGUUAUGUUUAUCUAUGACAAUCUGGUUAUAGAUCUGCCUUCUAAAAAACAAUUUGUUAGUAAACAGGAGCAGAAGUUUAUAUUCCUGAAAUUAAUUGAGGAGAUUUUGAUGUCAAGAAUCAAAAUGUAGCACAAUAUAUCAAGCUUUUCAUCUUGUUACAGUACACAAUUAACCAAUGAUGAUUGGAUUAGUACUACCUUCUAAUUAAGAACAACCUGUUAUUUCGAAUAAGCAGAAGCUAGCCAAUUAUGUUUGUGAAAUUCAUAUAGAUUUUGAGGUUGAGAAUGGAAAUGUUGAAUAAUACCUCAUCCUCUUUAUUUUGGAACAGUACAGUCUUACCCAGGGCAGUUGGAUUAGUACUAUUUUCCAAAAAUAUAACCUGUAUUGUUGAAAUUCCUGAUGAGAAUCAAUGUGUGGAAUGGGCUGCUUCGUUUCUUAUAAUGCUUGUAAUAAGUAUAAUACAGGAGGAGCAUAUGUGUUAUGUGAUAUUUAUGUUACUUAGGAAUCGUUUUAUUCCUCUAGUACAAAGAGGGCAAAGAUCUUAACUAUAUUUAAGCCUUAUAACAUUUGUAAUAAGUUAAAAAAAAACGGAUUAUAAUGUACAGAUUGUCAUAAUGUGAAUACAUGUAUAUGUACAUAUUUUACAAUAUGGAGAUUUUUUUUUCCCCCAUUAAUUGCAAGAGCAUUCAAUGAUCUGGGGCCUGAUUCACGAAGCUUUCUUAGGCUCUGCUAGACAACAAAGCAUCCUCUUUGCAAGUCUUUUAGCAUUGCACUGCAAGAUCGCAAAGUUGCGAGAGUUUAGUGAAUUAGGCUCCAGAUCCAUCAAGAUUAGGAAUUUUACCAAUAACAAGGACAUAUUUAUAAAUAGAGGCAUGACAUUUUAGCAUUGAAUGAAUGCUUUAAAUAUGGCAGAGGUGACAAAAUCAUCACAAUAUUUGGUUUCAGCAGUGGGAUUGGUGUUACAUUUUGUUAAAGGGACAAUCCUGAGUUGGCUGCAUUGUAAGAUGUUUCCGACUAAUGAAAUAUUUCUACGAUUAAACUUACAUAUUAAAU